GCGGAUGUUUUCCAGCCGGUGCACUUCCGGGUGGCUCAGCUAACGUUAGCGGUGCAGACAAACAGUAAACUCGGGGCAAUGGCAGUAUUAGACUAGCUCUGCGAGAGGUCUGAGGAUGAGGAACAUACUAAUAAUGGUGCUUUUGGCUCCUUGCUGGGUCAACGGAGCUGUCAAGUCAAGAGUUACCACCGAGGACAACCUCGAGGAAAACCCGGAGUUCGAUGUUCUGAACUCCUUCCUGUCAGACUUUGAUGUGCUGCCAUUCUCGGGCCUCCAGCUGCACUCAGUCAGGAAGAGGGACGUCCACACCCAGUCCCACCUGGAGCGGCUGGUGAGCUUCACAGCCCUGCACAGGCAUUUCAAGCUUUACUUGACUACCAACACGGACCUUUUCACUGAUAACUUCAAAGCUGUGUUUGUAGAUAAACAUGGGAUGGAGGAGAACUAUGAUAUUCAGCUUCAGAACUACUUCACAGGACAUGUUGUUGGAGAAGAGAAUUCACGUGUGCAGGCACACAUAGACGGAGAUGAGUUUUCAGCUCACAUUCUAACUGAAGAAGCAGAGUACAAUGUAGAGCCCCUAUGGAGGUUUACAGAUUCCCCAACUGAUGGCAGGUUGUUGGUUUAUCGCUCCGAAGACAUCAAGAAUCUGAGUCGCAUCGCCUCACCAAAGGUGUGCGGUUACGUCCACGCGGCGGACAUGGACCUGUUGCCCAAGACUACCAGGAGGGACUGGGAUGGGCAGGAAGUGGAACAGAAAGAGGAGAGCCACCACAGAGAGAAAAGACAGGCACACGACCACAAGAAGAACACUUGCCCCCUGCUGCUGGUCGCAGAUUACCGCUUCUUUAGACACAUGGGCCGUGGACAAGAGAGCGUCACUCUCAACUACCUGAUUGAGCUGAUUGAUCGAGUUGAUGACAUUUAUAGGAACACAACGUGGGAUGAUGAAUUCAAAGGCUAUGGGGUUCAGAUCCAUCAGAUGAUUAUCAACAAGGCGCCUACAGAGCCUCCCCCUGGUCAUGCUGGCACCGGCUGGGUCCACUAUAACAUGGAGGACAGCCCUGUGAAAGGAAAAGUGGUGUGGGACGUGAAGCGACUGCUUGAGCAAUUCAGCUCAGACAUCGCUGGCAACGCCUCCACUGUGUGUCUGGCCCACCUGUUCACCUACCAGGAUUUUGAUGAGGGCACAUUGGGGCUGGCCUACGUGGCCCCCUCUAAAGCUCAGGCCCUGGGCGGCCUCUGCCCCAAACCUUACUACCCGUCUCACUCCAUCAAGAAGCCCAGUUACCUUAACACGGGCUUGACCAGCACCAAGAACUACGGCAAAACCAUCCUCACAAAGGAAGCGGAUCUGGUGACCACUCAUGAGCUGGGCCAUAACUUUGGAGCAGAGCACGACCCUGACAACAUCCCCUACUGUGCUCCCAGUGACGAUAACGGGGGAAAGUUCGUCAUGUACCCCAUCGCAGUGAGCGGAGACCAUUACAACAACAAGCGUUUCUCCAACUGCAGCAAGAUCUCCAUAGGAAAGACAUUACGUUCCAAGGCUCCAAUGUGCUUCAAGGAGAGGAACAGUAAGGUAUGUGGGAACUCCAGAGUGGAGGAGGGGGAGGAGUGUGACCCCGGGCUACUCCACCUAAAUGAUGACCCCUGCUGCUCCUCCACCUGCAAGUUCAAACAUGGUGCACAGUGCAGUGACAGAAACAGUCCCUGCUGUUUGAAUUGCAAGUUUGAACAGGCAGGAGUGAGGUGUCAGGAACCCAUUAGUGCAACCUGUAAAGGCAUAUCCUCCUGCACAGGCAACAGCAGCCAGUGUCCACCUCCUGAAAAUGCACUUGACAACACUGUGUGUGUUGACAACGGCCGCUGUCACAAUGGAGAGUGCAACCCGUUCUGUGAGGCCAUGCAGAACCUUCAGUCCUGUGCUUGCAACGAAACGGAAGACUCCUGUAAAGUGUGCUGCAGGGGACCAGCUGGCCUCUGCUCUCCGUUCGUCCAGGGCAAUGGCAGCUUCCUUUACCUUCGCAAAGGAAAACCGUGCACUGUGGGCUUCUGUGACGAGGGCGGAAAGUGCAUGAAGCAGGUGCAGGACGUCAUCGAGAGGUUGUGGGAUUUUAUCGACAAGCUGGACAUAAACACUUUUGGGAAGUUCCUGGCUGAUAACAUCGUGGGCUCAGUCGUGGUGUUUUCCCUCGUCUUCUGGAUUCCUCUCAGUAUUCUGGUCCACUGUGUGGACAAACGACUUGACCAGCAGUAUGAAGAGAACACAAAGAUCUUCUACUACCCUCCAAGUCAGAUGGUGGAAGUUUGUAGUAGGGCUCCCGCCAUAGAGUCAAGAAAUGCUGAACAACCUCGAGUCAGUGUCAGGCUUGCGCAUCGUCAAAACUCCUCAGCCUCCCUACUCCUGCGCCGGCCGGACCGCGCCCUCCUCCCAGCCCCUGCGGCCUCAUCCACUAAGCCAGGUCGGGGCCCCUCCCGUGGCCAGCUCCAGCAGCAGCAGCAGUACCCCGGCCCCCGGCCCGAGUUACGUCCCCACCCCGGACAGCGCAGGGGGGCUGCGGAUGGCUACCAUCCAGGAGGACACCAGCAGCGACUCUCACCUGGGAGAGGAGGGCCUGUCGGACGAUUUCACAACCGCAGGAGCCUGCUCGUCGGCUACGAAGUCCUCCUACGAGGAUCUGACCGAACAGAACCUGCCGGGCAGGGAGCGGCGCCGCCUCCAGAGGCAGGACUGCAUUGAAACUAAAGAGACCGAGUGCUGAGUAAACAAUCCGCACUUUAAAAGCACCAACAUGUACAUGCGACCUGAUAAGUGUUUUAGGGAACAUGCUAAUAUAAGCAGCUUCAUAGGCUUUUUUUUUUCUCAUACACAUACACAAAGAGUUUAGAGGUAAAAUCAUACAUGUCAUUUAGAUCACGUUUCUAAGAACAUGUCAGGCAACACUGGAUAUUACUCACUUACUUGCAUUGAGUCACGGAAAAAUGAUUCAUGAAAAGUCUAGACUCGCUGUGACUGCAGACAAAAUAGUUGUUGAGUGACUUCAAGUUUAUGUGUGAAAUAAUGCUGUGCCUUUCUCAGUGAGGCAGACGAUAUCUUCGGCCAGAAGAAGCCUUGGAAACCGGAGGUCCUUGUGGAUAAAUUCACAUGGGCCAGGUUCUAAAAACACAUCGUGUAGUGACAGUAGAACGGCCCAUACCUCCGCCAAGGCCCAACUGUCCACUUAAAGUCUAUCAAGCUGCAUCAAAUUGCAAACACUCCUAGAUAUUAGUCCUCUCAGUAUGUUUUCUUAAAUCUACAAAAAUGUGGGAAAAUGUCCUUUCUCGCAAUGUUAAAGAAAAAUAAAAAAAAUCCUGGAUCCUAUUGACUAAAUAGGUUUUUGAUUUUUGAUAUUUCUAACAAAAGACAUGAAAACUAAUUACAUUGAUCCCGAGGCUCUGUCUGCUUUUGUCUGUGUGCUGUGUUUAAAGUUGGAUUGUGGACCAUAAGAACAAAUAGGCCUCGAGUUAACUGUGUCGAUCUCGACUUUCCUGCUCAACACGCGUGUGCACAAAGUUUUACUCAACUCACUUGAAACGGGUGAAAGAUGUUAAUAUUAUUGAUGUUGUUGCCGUGGUUAUUUACCCAUAGUGGGAAACAUUUCAGUACGAUAUAGCAAACGGAAAGAAAACUUGAUUUAAAAGAUGAAGUAUUUUUCACAUCACCAGAGUUGAAUUAAGUUUUGUACAUGUUCUUACUGUUGUGUCAUGAAUUGAUGCUUUGACAAAUCCCAGGCCUGUUCAUGUUUUGACCCCUUUGUACAUCACUUGUUAAUCCUGUGCAAGGAAUGAGCGGAAGUCUCUCCAGCGUUACACUUACUGUAUUUGUUCAGCUAUUGAAUCUUAAAGAGAAUCAUAGUGUCAUUGUUUUUUUUAUUUUGUGUGUGACUGAUAUGAAACAACAUGGUGCCUUUUCAGAUUUUGUGCCUCGCUGGUCCGACCUGUUUUAGUGAAAGGAGACAACAAUAUUCCCGGUAGAUGACGGCAGACAAUGCUGAAAUGUAUUUUGAAAGAAACUGAUCAGAUAUUAUGUUUCCACUUUGUUUUCUGUCCUUGUGCCAAUGUGAGUUCUAGCCCCUUUCUCUUUUUUUAAGGCUGUCACUGUCGCCUGCUGUUUUGUUAUAAUAAUAAAAUGUUUAAGUAACUGUA